CUUUGUCCUUUGUCUAUGCGAAUAUCUAUGUUUCUGUCACAUCACUCACAUCCUGCCUGUCAAUUGUCAUUAGUCAUUUUGUCUAUUUCCUGGUGUAGUGAUCUUCUUUCAGUUGGGUUAAUUAAUAAGGCACAGUUGUAUCAUAAUUAAAAUGCCAUCUGAUGCAAAAAAACGUGAGCAGCAACGCAAAAAGGAUGCUGCAAAAGCUCGACAAAGUGGAAAAAAACAGGCAACAUCAACCAAAUCUGAAGAGCAGAAACCUAACUCGAUAACGAAUGGAUCAUCUAAACAAACAAAUGGAACAGCUAAAGAACUAAGCCAAGAGGAGGCUUUAUGUCUUAAGUUAGAAAUGGACGCCAAACUCAAUGCAGAUGCCAGAGCUUGUACCGGCUCUUCAGCUGUUCAUCCCAAAUCUAGGGACAUCAAAAUUGAUAAUUUUUCCAUAACUUUUCAUGGUAGUGAAAUGUUACAAGAUGCACUUCUUGAGCUGAACUGUGGUAGACGUUAUGGAUUGUUGGGAUUGAAUGGCAGUGGUAAAUCUACCAUUUUGGCUGUAUUGGGAAACAGAGAAGUACCUAUUCCUGAGCAUAUAGAUAUUUUUCAUUUAACUAGGGAAAUGCCAGCUUCUGAUAAAUCAGCAUUACAAUGUGUAAUGGAGGUGGACGAAGAAAGAGUUAGAUUAGAAAAAUUGGCAGAGCAACUGGCAGCUUGUGAUGACGAUGAAUCUCAAGAACAACUCAUGGAUGUAUAUGAACGACUUGAUGACAUCUCAGCAGAUACAGCUGAAGCCAGAGCUGCAAACAUACUUCAUGGUCUUGGUUUCACAAAAGAGAUGCAGAACAAAAAGACCAAAGACUUCAGUGGUGGAUGGCGAAUGAGAAUUGCUCUUGCUAGGGCAUUGUAUGUGAAGCCCCAUCUCCUAUUGCUUGAUGAACCUACAAAUCACUUGGAUCUUGACGCUUGUGUGUGGCUUGAAGAAGAGUUGAAAAAUUAUAAGAGAAUUUUAGUGCUAAUUUCCCAUUCUCAAGAUUUUUUGAAUGGUGUUUGUACGAAUAUAAUACAUAUUAACAAGAAACGAUUGAAAUACUAUACAGGUAAUUAUGAUGCUUUCGUCAAAACCCGAAUGGAACUUUUAGAAAAUCAAAUGAAACAAUACAAUUGGGAACAGGAUCAAAUCAAUCAUAUGAAGAACUAUAUUGCUAGAUUUGGUCACGGUUCUGCUAAACUUGCUCGUCAAGCCCAGUCUAAAGAAAAAACAUUAGCUAAAAUGGUUGCUGGAGGUCUCACUGAAAAAGUAACAGACGAAAAAACUGUAACAUUUUAUUUCCCAAGUUGUGGAACGAUUCCACCUCCAGUUAUCAUGGUACAAAAUGUCAGUUUUCGUUAUAACGAACAGACACCGUGGAUAUACAAAAAUUUAGAAUUUGGAAUAGAUUUAGACACAAGAUUAGCUCUUGUAGGCCCCAAUGGUGCUGGUAAAAGUACACUAUUGAAACUACUGUAUGGAGAUCUUGUUCCAACAGAAGGAAUGAUUAGGAAGAAUUCUCAUCUUAGAAUCGCCAGGUACCACCAACAUCUACACGAAUUAUUAGAUUUGGAUCUAUCACCCCUUGAAUACAUGAUGAAAUCAUUUCCUCAAGUGACAGAGAAAGAAGAAAUGAGAAAAAUUAUUGGUAGAUAUGGUCUUACUGGCCGACAACAGGUCUGUCCAAUUCGUCAACUAUCAGAUGGUCAAAGAUGUAGGGUUGUAUUUGCUUGGUUAGCGUGGCAGGCACCUCAUCUCUUACUUCUCGAUGAACCGACAAAUCACUUGGAUAUGGAGACAAUUGACGCUCUAGCUGAGGCAGUUAAUGACUUUGAGGGUGGUCUUGUUUUAGUUAGUCACGAUUUCAGAUUAAUUAGCCAAGUUGCUGAGGAAAUUUGGGUAUGUGAAAAAGGAACUGUAACUAAAUGGAAGGGUGAUAUUCUAGACUACAAGGAGCAUCUUAAAACUAAAGUGUUGAAAGAGAUGGCUAAACUAAAGGAAAUGAAAUAAACUAAAUGAGGUGUUGAAUUUUUCAAAUCUAAACAAAAAUGUUGAUUCAUUACUUCUGCAAAUUUCGAAGAUAUAAGCAGUAUUGAACAUUCAAUCACAAUAUUAACUCAGUCAUGUGUACAAUUCUGAAAUACAACAAGGAUUUAUAAUA